GUGUACAAGGCGGUGCUGCGCAAGACUGGCGAGGAUGUUGCCGUGAAGGUCCAACGGCCUGGCGUGGAGCCCAUCAUUUUUACGGACCUCUUCCUCUUUCGCAUCCUUGCCACGUUCUUCGACAAGGUGUCCUUUGAGCGGCUGGGCUGCAAGGCAGAGCUGGUGGUGGACGAAUUUGGAGAGAAGCUGCUGGAGGAGCUGGACUACCUUCAGGAGGCAACAAACAUCCAGGACUUCCGCAAGAACUUCAUGGACGACCCCACAGUGAAGAUCCCAUGGGUGCGCCGUGAGUACUGCGGCAGGCGCGUUCUGACAAUGGAGUGGAUCGAUGGCAUCCGCUGCACCAACGCUGAGAGCAUUAGGAAUUCAGACCUUGACGUGCAGGAGUUCAUUCGCUGCGGCGUGCGUUCAGGACUGCGGCAGCUCUUGGAGUUUGGCCUCUUCCAUGGGGACCCCCACCCUGGCAACAUUUUCGCCCUGCGUGAUGGCCGCAUCGCCUACGUCGACUUUGGCAACGUUGCCCAGAUCAGCCAGGAGAACAAGCAGGUCCUUGUCGACGCCGUGGUGCAUGCAGUGAACAACGAUUAUGUCAACAUGGCUGGUGACUUCAUCAAGCUGGGCUUUUUGGCGCCUGGGACAGAUGUGGAGCCCAUCAUUCCCGCGCUCGAGAAGAUCUGGAAAGACUCCUUGGGGCAGAGCCUGGAGGUCUUCAACUUCCGCAGCGUCACUGCGAAGUUCAACAAGCUCGUGUAUCAGUACCCAAUUCGGAUACCGGAGCGAUAUAGCUUGGUUAUCAGAUCCCUGCUGACUCAGGAGGGCAUCUGUCUUACCCUCGAUCGUGAUUUUCAUUUCUUGGAAGUCGCCUACCCCUACGUUGCCCGAAGGCUGCUCACAGAUGAGGACCCUGUCCUCAGGGAACGUCUCAUUCAGGUGCUCUUUCAGGAUGGCAAGUUCCAAUGGAAGCGUCUGGAGAACCUCAUCACUCUGGCUCGAAGUGGCUCAGGCAGCACCUUGGACCUGAACGAGACGGUGCGCGAUGGCGUGAAGCUGCUGCUCAUGGAUGACCGCCUGCGCAGCCAGCUGCUGAUGGCAUUCACAGAAGAGGACAGGCUCCAUUUGGAGGAGGUCAGGAGCCUUGUGGAGCUGGUGCGAGACGAUGUGGAUGCCGGGAGGCUGGUCCAGGACACAAUCGCUGACCUACCCGCUCUCUCAAGGCAGCUCAUGGCCGACUGGUCGGACAGAGUGCUCGCUGCCUGA